AUGGAGCCCAAUCCUCAUUCGUGGUACUAUUUAAUUAAGCCCAUCAGUCCACCGCAAAGACCUCGGCCAAAGUCACGCAAAGCGAUAUGCCACCUCGAUCAAGCAACGCAACGCAACGGCACGGCUGCUGCAACGACCGGCGAUGAUGAGUUUGCUGCAAACAAGAAUUCUUACCGUGAAGUGUGCAACCUCUUCGAUAUGUCGAUAUCAACGUUUCAUAAACAUCUCGAAAAUAUUCUGGAUUUUUUUUAUAUGAUAGCAAAAGAAUUCAUACACUUUCCAUUGACCGAAAAUGAUAAACAGAGGGUCGCAAGCAAGUUUGGAAAAAUUUCAAAUUUUCCAAAUGUCCUUGGUUGUAUCGAUGGAAGCUACAUAUAUAUUAGGAAACCAGUGCACAAAAUUCGAUCAACAUAUACAAAUAGGCAUGACCUGCUAUCCAUAACGUUACAAGGUGUAUGUGUUUCGGAUAAGAAGUUCACAGAUGUAUUUAUUGGAUCGCCGAGUAAAAUACAUGAUGCCAGAAUAUUUGUAAUAUCCAGCAUAAGUGUAAGAUUACCAGAUAUCUGUGGUCAAACGUACCAUUUGCUGGGUGAGGCAGCAUAUUCAAUGCGGGAGUAUUUGCUAACUCCGUAUAGAGACUUUGGAAAUCUAUCGGCAAAGCAACGAAACUACAACCUAAAGCAUGCCCAGACUAGAGUAAAAAUCGAAAACUGUUUUGAAUUGCUAAAACAGCGUUUUCGCCAAUUAUUUAGAUUGGAUUUUUUUACUGUUUUGAAAAUGUGUAAAUUUAUUAUGGCUUGUUGUGUCUUGCAUAAUAUUUGCAUCGAACUUGAUGAUUCGUUCGUUGAAAGCAAUGAGGAUGAUGAUGAAGUAUUACUUGACCAAGAUCGUGAACGAUCUCCCUUGAACACAGCAACCUCUGACAGCGACAAUCGUAGAAAUAAUGCCCUUCGCCGGCUUGGAGAAAUGAAACGAGAUACCCUUGCUAACAGUUUUAUGUAA